CUUCCGGCGCCGCUCCGCCUCCGCCCGGCUUCCCCGCGGGGAUGCUGCGGCUGGGCCGCGGGCUGAGGCGGCUCGGGUCGGGACGCGGGGCUGGAGACUCCGGCCGGCUCCCUUUAAGUGCGGAGAUGCCCAAGAAAGCUGGUGCGACGAACAAGGGUAAAAGCCAGACCAAGGAGCCAGAGACACCACUUCCUCCCUUAGGUCCUGUGGCAGUUGAUCCUAAAGGUUGUGUCACCGUAGCCAUCCAUGCCAAACCUGGUUCCAAACAAAACGCUGUAACAGACUUGACACCUGAAGCUGUGAGUGUGGCCAUUGCUGCGCCUCCGUCGGAAGGAGAGGCUAAUGCCGAGCUCUGUCGCUAUCUUUCCAAGGUCUUAGAACUCCGCAAGAGCGAUGUGGUUUUGGAGAAGAAAUCCCAUUUAGUUGGUGAUUGAAAAUGGAAUUGGGCUGGAAAAUCAGCAAGGAAUUCAUUUCGAAACAAGAUGCCAAUUUAUUAAUUUGAGUGAAGAACACACCUGCCAAACAGACUGUAUAGUGGGAUCCUCCAGCGAGAACAUUCUGUCACUUUGGGAAGUCUCUUGACGAAGCCAGUCAGCAUCUGAAGAGUGCUUGGAGAGCCUGGGAUCAGAACCAGGGGAGGGAGGAGGGCGGAGCAGGGAGCUCUGACCAUCUGCGGUAGACCCAUUCUGUCUCCUCAGCCCCUCUCCUGGGACAACUCUGGACACUGAUGCUCCCUUUUUCCAGGCUCUGAGAAGACCACCUACUUCUGCCCACGUGGGCUGUCCUCAGACAAUCCUCAGAAUUCAACUGAUACGGUUUUCAGCAUUUUCUAAUCCUUUUCUAGGCGUGUGCCACAGGAUCCAUCUAGUCCCCUUGCUGUUAGAGUCAGCGGGGGAGAACCCCAAACUUGGCAGCAGUUUGUAUAGACUCUGUGGUCACUUCUACAUGAAGCUUCUCCACGAUGUGGCUUUACUGUCACAGUGGCUUUCACGUGGUUUCAGAGCCUUAUGUUUCUCUAGAGAUACCUGGGUGGGUUGGAGAGCCGUGGAGAAUAAGGGAGGGAGUGAUGUCAACGGGACUCCAAGCCUUUAGCCCUCUUCCAAAGCUGUGCUGUCAGUGUGGCGGCUGCUAGGCACAUGUGGUUACUGAGCACUUGAAAUGUGGCUGAUCAGUUGUUUUUUUUUAACGAAAGCAUCACGGAAAUAAAGGCCACGUUGGAAACACAAAAAAGGUUGAAAAUACGGCAUAGAAUUUGGGGGGCAGGAUAGAAGGAGGUGAGCAAAGAAAGGAAAAUGUCAGAUCUAGAAGUCAGGAAGGGGCAGUCAACAGACAUAACUGCGGUCCUGAAAAAGAACCCCCCCCCCCCAAAAUGGAGCAGAACAAAGAUUUCAAGAUAAAAUGAAGAAAAUAUUGAAAAAAUAAAAUAUGAAUUUAAGGAAUAAAAGGUGCAGUGUCCCAGGGGAAAUACGGACAAAUGGUUGACAAGGAGAUACAACCUAGUAAUGUUCUCUGACUUCAAAAA